AUGUGGAGCAUCUCGCGGCGACUGCUAUGCGGUGCUGCCGGUGCGGCGACGACGGCGGCGUCUCCAGCCGGCGGCGUUUCUAACUUUUCCUUCAGCAAGCGGUUGAGGGAGCUGGAGAGCGACCCGAGGUGUGCGCUAGGUGGAAAGGAGUAUGCCAUCCUGUGUGAAAAGCUGCAGCACUAUCGCGGUCUACAAAAUAGGUACGCAGUGAAGCAAGACGAUAUUGAGCGGGCAAAGCGGGCGGCACGGUACAGCGGCUUGGAGUUUACGCCAAAACACGUAAGAAGGACUGCUGCGCAGGAACUCCGUCAGCAGCCGGAGGAGAGGAAGAAAUAA